AUGGCAACCCAUGAACUGGGACGUUGGAUAACUCACAGUUCAUCCGAUUGUGUCUGCGGUCUCGACGAAUUACGUCAUGUUGACGGUCGUGACUCGAUGUCCCAACUGCACUCACUCAUCGACUGUAUUUCCCACCCAUUUGCUCAGCCUAUAACGGCAAAACAGUCGAGCAGGACGCUUCCGCUUUCAGCCUGCGCCGGCGACCAGUGGUCGAUUGCCGUUAUUCUCCCUCCAUUACGGCAUGACGCACUUAGCUCUAUCUGUAUGUCUGUCUGUAUUUUUGCCUGUAUGUAUGCAUGUCUGUAUGUUCCCCUUGAUCAAUACAUGUUGUGUUCAGGCUUGCCCAUUCUCCGCCCGAGACCGGCCGAAAUACUCCUGUCUCUAUCUGUUUGUCUGUCUGUCUGUCUGUCUGUCUGUCUGAUCGGUAUUUUUAUGAACGCAUCUUCUGUGCCUUUGGCCGGCCAGAUUGCGCACACUGUCUCGGCCAUUUCGCAUCCAAAUGUCACGACCAGCUAUCCACCCGGAUCCGACCUUUUACCCUCUACCUUCCGCCAACCGUCUUCUUCAUCUGCUCUUUCCCACCUCGGGCUCUGGCCGCGCGAUGUUGGCUACCACCGGCAGCGGUUAGUUGCCUCUUGUGUCGUGUUGUCUCCUGCAUGA